GUCAUCAGGUUCAAGACCACACAUCUACUAAGGGAGAAAUAUUGAAAGACACUGGUUUACUAGUGAUAGAAAAAUAGUUUUUCCAUGUUUGAGAUAGAUACAUUGAUGUCACAUUUGGUCUGGGCACAUUUCCCUAGAGUUAUUGAUCCUGAAGGACUGGUUUUUCAGCGGGUGAGAAACUGAGGAGCAAACAAACCUGCAAUGAGCCGCCUGAAUUCAACCUUCUUUUUGAACGCAACUAUUGUGCGUCCCAACCUCUUUUUCAUAAGUGGCCUAACUGGUAUUCCCCACACAAAAUACUACUAUGUGUUCUUGUGCUUUGUUUAUACUCUGUCUCUACUGGGAAACACUUUUGUCAUGUUUGUGAUUUACGCUGACCACUGUCUUCACAGUCCAAAAUACAUUGCAGUGUUUAAUUUGCUUGUGUCCGAUUUGUGUGUGAGCACUGCACUUGUUCCUCCAUUGAUUGACACCUUACUGUUUAAAUCACAGUUAAUCUCCUACGAGGCCUGCUUGACUAACAUGUUUUUUGUUUGUUGGUUUCUCUUUAUGCAGUCCUUCACUCUCACCAUUCUAUCAUUUGAUAGAUUAGUUGCUAUAUGCUUUCCACUGAGAUACAAUGAGAUUGUGACUAAUAAAUCGAUGUUGGUGAUCACAGCUGUAACAUGGAUUAUUGCAGGACUGUCUGUUGUCAUAGCUGUGAUUUUUAUCAGCAGACUCUCAUUCUGCAAAUCCACUGUGAUAAACAGUUAUUUCUGUGAUCAUGCACCCACAUCCUGGUUGGCGUGCAAUGACAACACCCCAAGUUUAAUAAUGAGUUGGACACAUGUUAUUAUGAUUCUCUGGUUGCCAGUACUUUUUAUCAUAGGCACCUACAUUUGUAUAGCCAGAGCGUUAUUAAAAAUUGCAGUGGCAAUGGAGCGACUCAAGGCCAUGAAAACCUGCACCUCCCAUUUGAUCUUGGUGAGUGUAUUUUAUCUUCCUGUAUGUAUUAAUGCUGCGAUGGGUUCCCGCCUUCACCCAAACGUUAGGAUCUUUAGUACGUCUCUGGCGUUGGUCUUGCCGCCUAUACUGAAUCCAAUCAUUUACUCGCUGAAGACAGAAGAAUUCACAGAAUCCAUUAAAAGGUUUUACAGAAGAAAGAUGCACAUUGCUGUAAGGAAUAAAUGAAUAAAUGUUUUAAUCACAAAUGA